AGAAAGGACUUUGAAGAGCAAGCGGCAUUGUUCGCCUGCAGAAGCAGUGCUGCUGGUCUCUCGACAAAUUUCUCUGGGAGGUGGAGACAAGGAAGCUCCAGCUUCGCUUUCCCUCGUGGCCCAGAGUGGAGCAUACUGAGCUGCACUGGAUCAUCUGGAUGCACACGCAACUUUAGGAACUGGUGGCAAUUUGUAAAAAGACAGCUCUGGAAGUUGAAGGGACCAGUGGCUUCAAGCAAAAAGUAAACUGAAAAUGGGAGAUGUCUUUUUGUGUAAGGAAGUGGAAUCACCAAAGAAGAAUUUGAGAGAAUCCAAAGAAAGCGACAAAGAUGAUGAAGAUCCAGAUCUGAUCUUUGUUGGGGUGGAACAUGUACAUAAAGACGCUGAAAUUCUCUUUGUCGGGAUGAUUUCAAAUUCAAAACCAGUCGUUUCAAACAUUUUGAACAGAGUCACCCCAGGCUCAAAUUCAAGAAGAAGAAAAGGCCACUUCCAUCAAGAUCCUGCUCACGUGUGGCAACCUGCAAAUCAUGUGACCUCUAUGGCAAAAGCCAUCAGGCCAGUUUCUCCAUCUGAGGGGAGAUCUACAGAUAGUCCUGUCACUACGAUGUCUUCACCUGAAUCUGCUUAUAAAAUGGGCUCACCACACGUUGUUUCUCCCAAUUCCUCAGAUUCUCUUCCUCCAGGGACUCAGCAUCUAGUUGGAGCUAUGUUCUCUGGAGGAGGCAGAAGUGAGAGUUCUCCUGAUUCCAAGCGACUUUCCACUUCAGAUAUAAACAGCAGAAAUUCCAAAAGGGUUAAACUCAGGGAUGAAAUCCCAGGGGUACAUUCUUUAGCUGUGGUCCCUUCAGAUAGCUCUUCUAUAAUAAGCACAAAUACACCCUCACAGGGGGUCUGCAACUCGUCAAACCACGUUCAGAAUGGAGCAACAUUUCCUUGGGCUGAUGCUAACGGAACAGCACAUUUCAAUCUUAGGAAUCCAGAGAGAGCAAAUGGGUCUGAUGGCCUGGUAAUAACAGACAUUUCAAGUCUAGCAAGUCAAAAGAAGACCUUUGAUCCCAGGAAAGAAAUUCCCAUCGUGUUACUUAGUGACUUUUACUAUGGACAGCAUAAAGGAGAUGGGCAGCCAGAACAGAAGACUCACACCACCUUUAAAUGCCUCAGUUGCGUGAAAGUUCUAAAAAAUAUUAAGUUUAUGAAUCACAUGAAGCAUCAUUUGGAGUUUGAGAAGCAGAGGAACGACAGUUGGGAAAACCACACCACCUGCCAGCACUGCCACCGGCAGUUUCCCGCUCCCUUCCAGCUACAGUGUCACAUUGACAGUGUGCACAUCGCCAUGGGGCCCUCUGCUGUCUGUAAGAUCUGUGAAUUGUCAUUCGAAACAGAUCAGGUCCUCUUACAACACAUGAAGGACCAUCAUAAGCCUGGCGAAAUGCCCUAUGUGUGCCAGGUUUGCCAUUACAGAUCAUCGGUCUUUGCUGAUGUGGAAACACAUUUUAGAACAUGCCAUGAAAACACAAAGUAUUUGCUUUGUCUGUUUUGUCUCAAACUUUUCAAAACUGCGAUACCAUACAUGAAUCAUUGCUGGAGGCACAGCAGAAGGAGGGUCCUUCGAUGUUCCAAGUGCCGACUACAGUUUUUGACGUUGAAGGAGGAAAUAGAGCACAAAACCAAGAACCAUCAAACAUUUAAAAAGCCGGAGCAACUGCAAGGGUUGCCUCGUGAAACGAAAGUUAUUAUUCAGGCUUCAGCUCAGCCAGGAUCAAGUGGUGUGGCUUCCAUUAUUGUGAGUGACACUGACCCUCCGCCUUCACCUGUAAAAACUAAAACGAUGGCUACGAACACUGGAGAUUCCAGACUCCCUUGCAGCAAGGAUUCUCGCUGAAAAUAUGUUCGACUCACUUCCAGGAGUUGUGAAAGGCAGAAGUGAGGCUAGGCCAUGUGUGCUUUGUGGCUGUAGAUGCUAGCAAGCAAUGUCAUCAACUGUCAGGUUUUAUUUACAGUGACAUCUCAUCAGCUCCCUAUCGUCAAGAAGUAGCUCCAAAGUCUUCGUGCCCUUUCCCAGUCAAAGGCUUCCAACAAUCCAUCCCCUAUUCUGAUCUCAGAGGUUUUUCUUGUUUAUUAACUUUAAAUAAAUGGAAUAACACAAA